CGAAACGAAAUUCAAAAUGGCUUCAAAUAUUCCCUUUCGAACGCGUUUCGUGGGCCACUCAGACUCUGUGGCGGAGUUGAGCUUCAGCCCGAAUGGGGAGAGCGGCCACUACUUGGCAUCUGUCGGACGGGAUGGCCUCGGGAUUGUGCGCUGCUGUGGAACCGGACAAAUUGUUAGUUCCCUGAAGGGUCACCAGGGCCCCGUGAGCGGAGUGUCCUUUGGUGCGAAUGCACCGAUUGUGGCGACGGGCAGCGAGGAUCGCACCGCCCGCAUUUGGAGUGCCACCAGUGGACACGAGCUGGAGCAGUUCCGCCAUAAAAAUAUGGUGGCAAGUGUGGCCUUGGACACAGAGUCGAAGCGCCUGCUUACGAGCAGCCGGCAACACGAUGCCAAGAUCCGUUUGUACGACGUGAAUCAAAGCCAGGAAUGCCUGAGUGUUUACCGGAAAAAUCGGCGGGGCGUGCGCAACGUCAUAUUCUGUCGCGAGGAUCGCUCGUUUAUCGCCUCGUCCUACGAUCGGACCGUCGAGCUGUGGGACAUUUCGAGUGGGAAGGUGAGCCACCAGAUCAGUUUGCCCCAUCACGCCAAGAGCCUGGAGUUGUGUGCCGAUGGUAAGACGGUGACCAUCGGCUAUGGCGAAAGCAUUGUCUUCUUCAACGCGGAAACCUUCGACAUACUCGGACAUCACAGGAUGCUGUUCAAGGUGAUGGGCGCCUCGCUUCAUCCACAGAAAAGGAGCUUUGUGAGUGCCGACAACAAGGGAUUCAUUUACAAGUUCGAUUAUGAUACUGGACACCUACAAUAUAAAUUUAAGAGCCACAUUCAAGCGGGGGACAAUGUCACCAAUGUCAAGUACAGUCCCGAUGGCGAGAUGUAUGCCAGCUGCUCGACCGAUGGCCUGAUUACAUUUUGGCCGCAGACAGCCGAGAACGAGCAUUAUUCCGAGGAUUCCGUAACUUAUAUAAGUUCUGACAGUAAUGAUGAAGAUUACGAUCCUUAGUUCAAGACUCUGCACAACUGUAC